CUGUAUCUGCGUCCAAGCUCUCGGUGUGGGGAGGGGUGGAAGGUUUCCCAUCAUCCAUGACGCGGAAUGGGAAGCCCAGAAGCCGCCUCUCGGGCUCUCCCCGGGAGGCGGGGCGAAGGCGGGCGCUCCAGGUUCAAACGGAGGUGCCGAGGAGGGCGGCUUGCUCAGAUUCCGAGCCGCAGCCGCCCAUGGAGCUCCUCCGCUCUUCCCCCGUCGCUCGUUGCGCCCUGGUGAUGGCCCUCUGCGCCUUAGCGGUGGCGCUGACAACCCUAGCCCUAGCUUUGGUCAAGCGGCCUCCGGCGCAGCAGCAGCAGCCUCCGACAGAGGUGCCAUCCUUUCCGGCGGCGCUGGAGACGCUCAGCCAGCAGAAUUAUGCACAACUGGUCCUCAAGCUGCAUAGGAACUCAUCCAUAGUACCGAGGAGGCUGGACUGGCAUACCCAUUCUGUUAAAGGAGCCUUUCUUGGCAAGGCAUUUGCAUACAACAUCACCUCUCAGAUGCUCGUGGUUAAGAUUAGUGGUCUUUACUGUAUCUAUGCCCAGAUUAAUCUUACCCAUCAUCUUGACAAAAGAGAGACACUGAAUGCGAAUCUCACCAUCUAUCAUCAGACAGACAGCAGUUCCAGUUCCUCCUGCAUUCUGCUAAACCUGCCCUUACAUCGGGUUUACGAUUCAAGCCAAACGCUUCCUGACUUCAAAGCUGUACUUCAUCGACUUGCAGAGAAUGACAAGCUUUAUGUAACAAUACGUGUGAACUCAAAACAAAAAGGGUCUCUUCAGCCACGUGGUAGCUUUUUUGGUCUCUUCCAGUUACAUGAAACCUAGGAGCCCCCAAAGGGAUUGGACUCAACAACUCUUCUGUUGGUAUGAAAAGAAUGGAGAUGUUCAAGAACAGUGGUGAAAGGUAUCCAGACAUGCUUGGGAACACUCCUUCAGUUCAACAGUCACAACAAAAGACAUUUGGAGGCUCCUGUGGACUACUGUUGUGUCUGAAACUACCCUCAACAUCUUCUGUUAACAACAACAAGAACAACUUUAUUUUUAUACCCCACGUCCAUCUCCCCGAAGGGACUUGGGGUGGUUUACAUGGGGACGAACCCAGCAUCAACAUAGGUUAAAAACACAAUUAAAACAAUAUAACAGUAUAAAUAGAAAACGACAUAAAAUACAACAAAUACUUUAAAAACCUGGACAUAAAGUACUGUAUGUGCAGAGGGUGAACUUGUGCAGAACUCUGAGUAGGGUUCAUGGAUAGUAUAGGGGCAAUCGGGCAUAGGGUGGAGGAACGGUCCCAUUAAAACACUGAGAGCCUAUGAAGAUGAGGAGCAGUGAUAAAAUGCAGUAAGAAAUUGUAAACAAGCUGAGUAUCUGGUGGGACUAUUCACUCAAAAGCGCACCAGAACAUCCAUGUUUUUAGGUCCUUACGGAAGGUGGGCAAUGAAGGUGCCAGUCUGAUCUCUCUGAGGAGAGAGUUCCAGAGUCGAGGGGCCACCACCAAGAUAUAGGCAGUCCUCUAGUUACAAACAUCCAGCUUACAAAUGACUCAUAGUUAAGAAUGUGGGUGAGAGAAAUCUAUUCCUUGGAAGCGGCAUCCACUCCUGGAAGAGUUAUUAUCAUGGGAAAAAAUUGUUUCCACUGAACUUUCUCACAAAAUCUCUGUUUCCACAAGCCAAAUGUUUCAAAAUCCAAUUAUCACAGGCACAAAAAGUGAGGUGAAAUAUUCUGAAUAGUGGCACAGACAGCAAAACAAGCACCACAGGGGUGUUAAUCCUUCCUUAUGCAAUCCAAAGCAUUCCAGGUUCCAGGAUCACCUGCAAUAAGUGAAAAUCCGUGAAGUAGGGACCCUAUAUUUAUUUUAAUAUUUAUACAUUAUUUUAGUAGUUAUACACAAUUUUAAGUCUUUAUCAAACAAUUGUAUGUUAAUAAAUUGCUUACUUCUCCUCCC